AUGCCACUGUCGCUUCGUUCUCAUUGUCUGCAGAGAUUGAUUUCUUUUCGCCGGCUUCAUACAAGUUCAGCUUUGCGUUCUGAGGCUGGCAUUUCCAAUCCAGCCGACUACUGCAAAGACUUGGUACGGAAACAUGAUUAUGAAGGUUAUUUGACGUCCCAGCUAUACCCUAAACGAUUUCAAGGUGGGUAUCUAGCACUCAGAGCAUUCUAUAUCGAGCUUGCCACGGUGCGAGAGGCGGUGUCCCAGACUACCUUGGGUCAGGCACGCCUAAUGUUCUGGAGAGAUGCCAUGAAAGAUAUUUACAAUGAUAAGCCUCCGCGCCAUCCUAUUGCUCUUGCGAUGUAUGAAGCAACACGGGAUAACCAUUUGUCUCUAUAUCACUUUAACAGAAUAAUCGAAGCAAGAGAACAAGAACUUCAUAACCAGAUACACCUUACUCUGGAGUCCAUGACAUCCCAUGCGGAGUCUACUUCAUCAACUUUCCUCUAUCUUCUGUUGGAAAUGCUGAAACUCCCCUCCUCCACGCUUGCGCACGCAGCCUCGCAUCUUGGGGUGGCUCAAUCAUUGACGACCCUCAUACGAGCUUUACCUUUUCAUGCUAGUAAGGGUGUUAUGGUCAUACCCGCGGAGAUCACUGCCAAGCAUAACGUCAAUCAGCAAGAAAUUUUCAGCAAGGGAAAAUCGUCCCACGGGCUAGAGGAUGCGGUGUUUGAACUCGCAACUGUUGCAAAUGAUCAUUUACUCACCGCACGCGACAUGUUCAAGGAGUCCGGGGGCAGGGUCCCACCGGACGCCAUGCCUGUGUUUUCCGCUGCUAUACCAGUUGUGUCCAUUCUAUCGACGUUGGAAUCGGUCAAUUUCAACGUCUUUAACCCCUCCUUGCAGAUCCGAGAUUGGAGAUUAGCGUGGCAAGUCUGGAGGAGUUACUAUAAGAGGACUUUCUAA